GUUGUGAUAAACUUAUUAAAUAGAUUUUGCAUGCCUUAAACUGUCAGCCUUCAACAAAUAUUAGGUGGAAUGGCUUGCUAUGAUGACGUAAAGUUUAUCACUGAAUAUCUGCAUCAUGCAGUUGUCUCGUGCGAUGAGUACGCCAGUUAUAUCUUUGACGUGCCCGUUGCAGACGAAGAGGAUGAAGAGGAGGAGUUGGAGAGAAGGUCAACUAACGGAGGACUGGAGAAUCCCAGAGCUAAACGAACAAGACGCACAGCUCGGGAAAAACAGAUGGGGUUGAACAUCCUAGAGGAUUACAUUCCCAGUCAGACAACUUCUUCAACGCUUCUAAGUGGGAGCGUGAACAGACCAACAAUCACGUCUGUCUCACCUGUUGUGCCCGGGAGGAGACAAAGUGCUAUCGACGCGAAACAAAAAAGAGGUUCCUUGUACCCGAAUGAGCCAUCCAGACCUGAUCGCAGUGCAUCAGGAGAUGCGCUGAGAAAAGCGGAGGCGCGAGUUGAGAAGAACAAAAUCAUUACAUGGGCAGAUGGUGAUAUUAUAUGCGACCAAGAUAGACUGGCUGAAUUGAUUCGCCCUAAAGAGUUGGACUCCGGCGAAGCAGUAGAAAAACCCAAGAAAUCGUCUCCUUUCAUAAGUGCGCUGGAACAUGUAGCAUCUGUGCCAAAAAAUCCUUUCUUGAGCUUCUCCAAGUUUGCAACGACUGUGAGUUAUCGACUUUUUUGCGAAACUUCAUAG